AAAUUAAUACAAAUUACUCCAAUUACUAUAAAAUAAAAUAUAAAAACUAUAGACAAUAGAUACAAAAUUCAUAUGUUUAUGCAUACCACGUCGACCAGCACAUCAACGGUCACAAUGACCAACUCCUCCUCGUCGGCCACGCCCACACCGGGCUCCACCUCCUCCAACAACAGCGCCACGCUGGAGACGAUGCAGCAGCAGCAGCAGCAGCAACUACAGCUCCAGCAACAACUGCAGCAACUGCAUACAUCGACAACAACAAACUCGCGCCCACCCUCCCGCGCGCCUUCCAUUCUGGACAGCCCAACGUUGGCGCGCGUAGAACGCGCACGUCUACGCUUGGAGCAACAGGAGCGGGAGCGCGAGCGCAGCAGCCAGCGUAGCAGUCAGCUAGGAGGAGGAGGGGGCAGCAGUAGCGGCACAGGCAGCACAGCGACCACAAUGAAUCGCGAGGAUAGCCUAGAGCGCAGCAUAUUGGAUCCCAAGCAAUCACUGCUUGCCGGUCGCAUUCCUGUGGCCUCCAUGACGGGGCCCAUUAAGCGAGGACUGCUCUGGCAGCAACGGGACCGUCUCUUCUCGCGCUGGAAGGAAAGAUACUUUGUGCUCACACGCGAUUAUUUGCAUUGCUUCAAGCGCGCCUCGGGCUCGGCCAACGAACGUGCCUCCGAUAUGGGACAAUUUAUAUUUAAGGUCAAGCUGGUGGAUGUGGAGAAGGUGGAGUGGCUAAACAGACGUUCAUAUAGCGCCAUUGGUUUGCUGCUGGGACGCGAGGGUCGCGUGCUCUUGCGUUGCGACGAUGGCCUGGAGGACUGGUUCGAGCUGCUAGAGGAAUGCACGCUGACCUCGAAGGAGCGACGACGCGCCCUGAAGAUCGCACAGGGUCCCAGGUCACGUGCCUCGCUGGCAGCGCCAGUGUCGCAUGCUUCGCUGCAGUUUGGGCUGGGCAGCAACUACUCCAGCGCUUUGGACGACUGGCUCAUGACGAAUGGCUCCGCUGGCUGCGGCGGCGGCGGCUUGGCGCGUCACAAGAUUGGCGCUGGCAGCCUUAACGGCUAUGCGGGCGCCAAUCCGUUCCUGUUCAGCGACUCUGUGCCCGACCUGAGUGCGCUCAACAAUGAGAACCACAAUCAUCACCUGAGCGGCAUCUCAACGAACCACUCGACACCGCAGAAGAUUCCACAUCACAGCAACGCGAAUCUCAGUCGCUACUCCAACGGCUAUGCCUCGGCCCAGAACAGUUUCACCCAGGCCAACAGCUGUCUCUAUGGCUCGCCGCGUCGCAUCUUCAUCAACAGCAGCUUCGGCUCCAAUCAGGUGGUGGACGAGGAGACAGCCGAGGAGUCCGAGGUGCAGCUGCGUCGUCCCAGACUAUUCCGUGUGAUCAGCGCCCAGCCGGACAAUGGGAACGAACUAGACAGGGAUUGGCUCUAUCGCAAGCCGCGUGCGCCCACCGACAUGCGGCACUCCGUGCAACCCAUGCUGCCCACCCACAAUGGCAAUGCCAACAAAUGCGAGCUGGACGGCUCGGCCCAUGACAGCGGCCUGGAUACGCCGCCGUCCACGCAUCGUCCCUCCAGCUAUCGCGAGGCGCCCGCCAGUCGCGACAGCACCGAGACCAAUGGCAGCUCCUCGCGCGGCACGCUGCUCAACAAUUCGCCCGGCGGCAGCUUUCGUGCCAAGAAACUGAGCGCCCAGGUGACCAAUUUGAAUCAGCUGAAUGCCUUGCAUGGCUCUCGCUACUCCGUGCAGGAUCAGCGCAUUCUCAAGAUGCGCAACAACGAGGACGUCAAGCUCGCCAACCGGCUCAAUCACAACGAACAGCAGCAGCAGCCCAGCUACGAUCCCAAUCAGAAUCGAUACUACAAGAAUGGCAAUGGCACGCCUCCCAUAUCGCUGACGCCUCAGCAUACGCCACAGCACAAGCUACACCCGCAUCAUGCCAAUGGCAAUGGCAAUGGCACGCUCAAUGGCAAUGGAGGAGGCAUCAAUGGCUCCGCCAUAUUCCGCGAGCGCUAUCAGCAUCCAGCAUUGGCCGCCAUUAUUAACGAGGCGCAGGGCUUAAAGUUUCGUGAACGUGCCUAUUCGGAUAGCCAGCAGCGCCGCCUAAACAACAACAAUAAUGGACCCACGCCCGUGCCGGCUUCGCCGCUGGCCCAGCGACGGAAUAAUGCGCCGAUCUUUGGAACUCCGACGCGUGUAUAGCGUUUAAAAGUCUAAGCAAAUUGAUGAUACUAUGUGAAGUUAUAUUUGUAUAACACUUAACAAUAUGCAUUACCAUUAUACCUUUAAGUAGUUAAAUGUUUAAGCGAAUGAAUGCAGAAGUUAGUCAACAGUAAAUCCUUACAUGAGAUGAAGAACAGAAACUGAAUAAUUUAGUAUAUAAAAGUAUGUGUAGAUUCAUGAAAGCGCUUGGUUUAAGCACUUGCCAGCGAUAUUUAGCAUAUUAACUAUAUACUUGUGUAGUUUAAAUAUUGUAGUUUACAAGAACAUAAAAUUCUCAAGUAGUUUUUAGUGUGCUACAAUUGUCCAGCUUUAUAUUUAAAAUAAAAUAUCCAAUGGCUCUGCUCUAAAUAUC